CGCUCCAGUAUCGUAGAACUGGAUAGGAUAAUGCAAUCUUCAACCCCUUAGUUCAUACACUCUCCAACACAUAAUCUUCCAUUCUGCAUGUUGGGAUAUUUUUCUGUCAGAUACGCGCAACAGUAUAGUGACCGCAAUGGUGGGUGUCUCCUUCCUCUCGACUUUCCCUUCUCUGCUCCCACUUGCUUGUGACUCGUCUCCCACCAUCACCAGAUGCUCCUCUCGUGCUGUAUCCAUUACUUGUAAUAAAAUCGAAAUUGAUGUUAGUGGUGAAGAUCGGUUCCAUCGAAGACACAUUCUUCGCUGCUUCGGGACUACAAUCGGGCUGGGACUGAUAGAAAGCUCUUCAUCCCUUGUUGGGGUCGCUAAUGCUGCUGAUUUGAUACAACGAAGACAGCGUUCUGAAUUUCUUUCUAAUAUCAAGGGAACACUUUAUACGGUCAUAAAGGGAAAUCCUGAUAUUAUUCCAUCCGUACUAACAUUGGCUUUGAAUGAUGCUAUGACUUAUGAUAAGGCAACAAAAACAGGUGGCCCAAACGGAUCGAUACGGUUCAGCCCAGAAAUAAGUAGACCUGAAAAUAAAGGACUUUCUGCAGCCUUGAAUUUAUUAGAGGAAGCGAAAAAGGAGAUUGAUUCAUAUUCCAAGGGUGGACCCAUAUCAUUUGCAGAUCUGAUCCAGUCUGCAGCCCAAAGUGCUGUCAAGGCUACAUUCUUAGCUUCUGCCAUUCGCAAGUGUGGUGGAAAUGAAGAAAAGGGGAACUUGUUAUACAAUGCUUAUGGAUCAAACGGGCAGUGGGGUUUGUUCGAUAAGCAAUUUGGUAGGGCAGAUGCUCAAGAUCCAGAUCCAGAGGGUAGAGUUCCUCUGUGGGAGAAAGCUAGUGUCAAGGAAAUGAAAGACAGGUUUUCUGCUGUUGGCUUUGGACCUCGUCAGCUGGCUGUUAUGUCUGCUUUCUUGGGUCCUGAUCAGAUGGCAACAGAGGCCUUAUUGGCCACUGAUCCAGAUGUUGCUCCAUGGGUCCAAAAAUACCAACGGAGCCGAGAAACUGUGUCUCAGACGGACUAUGAGGUUGAUCUCAUAACUACUCUCACAAAAUUGAGCACCUUAGGCCAGAGUAUCAAUUAUGAGGCGUAUACGUAUCCGGCUCAAAAAAUCGAUAUUACCAAACUCAAAUUGUAGAAGAUGCGGAGCCGCAGCAGAUAGGAUCUUUUCUUCCCCCUUUACCCCCUCCCUGCCAUUUUAAGUUUUGAGACUUGAGCUUUCGGUCGAGGGACAAUUUCAGGAUGUAAUUGCUUAUCCAGAUGCAUGAUAGAAAAGCACUUUCUGAUAACUGAACACAGUUUCAAUUAUAUGCUACAUGAUUUGAUUAACAAUUUCGUUGGAAUUCAAGAAGCGAGGAUGACAUCUUACUGCCCA